AUGUACAGACUGGGAAGAGCCACACCUGCCCUGGCUACGGCUCCGGCUGCUCUGGCUCUGGCUCCGACUGCUCUGGCUCUGGCUCCGGCUGCUCUGGCUCUGGCUCCGGCUGCUCUGGCUCUGGCUGCUCUGGCUCUGGCUCCGGCUGCUCUGGCUCUGGCUCCGACUGCUCUGGCUCUGGCUCCGGCUGCUCUGGCUCUGGCUCCGGCUGCUCUGGCUCUGGCUCCGGCUGCUCUGGCUCUGGCUCCGGCUGCUCUGGCUCCGGCUCCGACUGCUCUGGCUCUGGCUCCGGCUGCUCUGGCUCUGGCCCCGGCUGCUCUGGCUCUGGCUCCGGCUGCUCUGGCUCUGGCUGCUCUGGCUCUGGCUCCGGCUGCUCUGGCUCUGGCUCCGGCUGCUCUGGCUCCGGCUCCGACUGCUCUGGCUCUGGCUCCGGCUGCUCUGGCUCCGGCUGCUCUGGCUCUGGCUCCGGCUGCUCUGGCUCCGGCUGCUCUGGCUCCGGCUCCGACUGCUCUGGCUCCGACUGCUCUGGCUCUGGCUCCGGCUGCUCUGGCUCUGGCUCCGGCUGCUCUGGCUCUGGCUCCGGCUGCUCUGGCUCCGGCUCCGACUGCUCUGGCUCCGGCUGCUCUGGCUCUGGCUCCGGCUGCUCUGGCUCUGGCUCCGGCUGCUCUGGCUCUGGCUCCGGCUGCUCUGGCUCUGGCUCCGGCUGCUCUGGCUCCGGCUCCGGCUGCUCUGGCUCUGGCUCCGGCUGCUCUGGCUCCGGCUCCGACUGCUCUGGCUCUGGCUCCGGCUGCUCUGGCUCUGGUUCCGGCUGCUCUGGCUCUGGCUCCGGCUGCUCUGGCUCUGGCUGCUCUGGCUCUGGCUCCGGCUGCUCUGGCUCUGGCUCCGACUGCUCUGGCUCUGGCUCCGGCUGCUCUGGCUCUGGCUCCGGCUGCUCUGGCUCUGGCUCCGGCUGCUCUGGCUCUGGCUCCGACUGCUCUGGCUCUGGCUCCGGCUGCUCUGGCUCUGGCUCCGGCUGCUCUGGCUCCGGCUCCGGCUGCUCUGGCUCUGGCUCCGGCUGCUCUGGCUCCGGCUCCGACUGCUCUGGCUCUGGCUCCGGCUGCUCUGGCUCUGGCUCCGGCUGCUCUGGCUCUGGCUCCGGCUGCUCUGGCUCUGGCUGCUCUGGCUCUGGCUGCUCUGGCUCUGGCUCCGGCUGCUCUGGCUCUGGCUCCGACUGCUCUGGCUCUGGCUCCGGCUGCUCUGGCUCUGGCUCCGGCUGCUCUGGCUCUGGCUCCGGCUGCUCUGGCUCUGGCUGCUCUGGCUCUGGCUCCGGCUGCUCUGGCUCUGGCUCCGACUGCUCUGGCUCUGGCUCCGGCUGCUCUGGCUCUGGCUCCGGCUGCUCUGGCUCUGGCUCCGGCUGCUCUGGCUCUGGCUCCGGCUGCUCUGGCUCUGGCUCCGGCUGCUCUGGCUCUGGCUCCGGCUGCUCUGGCUCUGACUCCGGCUGCUCUGGCUCUGACUCCGGCUGCUCUGGCUCUGGCUCCGACUGCUCUGGCUCUGGCUCCGGCUGCUCUGGCUCCGGCUCCGACUGCUCUGGCUCUGGCUCCGGCUGCUCUGGCUCUGGCUCCGGCUGCUCUGGCUCUGGCUCCGGCUGCUCUGGCUCUGGCUCCGGCUGCUCUGGCUCCGGCUGCUCUGGCUCUGACUCCGGCUGCUCUGGCUCUGGCUCCGGCUGCUCUGGCUCUGGCUCCGGCUGCUCUGGCUCUGGCUCCGGCUGCUCUGGCUCCGGCUGCUCUGGCUCUGGCUCCGGCUGCUCUGGCUCUGGCUCCGGCUGCUCUGGCUCUGGCUCCGGCUGCUCUGGCUCCGGCUGCUCUGGCUCCGGCUGCUCUGGCUCCGGCUCCGACUGCCCUGGCUCCGGCUGCUCUGGCUCUGGCUCCGGCUGCUCUGGCUCUGGCUCCGACUGCCCUGGCUCUGGCUCCGGCUGCUCUGGCUCUGGCUCCGGCUGCUCUGGCUCUGGCUCCGGCUGCUCUGGCUCCGGCUCCGACUGCUCUGGCUCUGGCUCCGGCUGCUCUGGCUCUGGCUCCGGCUGCUCUGGCUCUGGCUCCGGCUGCUCUGGCUCUGGCUCCGGCUGCUCUGGGAUUCAGUUGGGAUUUGCAUUCGAGGCAAAUCAGAAUCCUCCAACAGCAAAAUAACAUCUGCCUUUUUACAGAAAAGCUCCAUGGCACCUGGGCUCCUCCAAAGCCCCGGUGGGCGUGUCGAAGCUUAAUGAACGUGUUUCCCAUCCACUUCACCCAUCUGUCUGCGCAUAUGGGCUGUGGCAUCUAUAAUGAGCCCCUUCAGUCCAAAUCCUAA